GCCACCCAGGCAGAGCUCUUGCCCUCGGCCGCAGGACGUGUGCUGGGCGGGGGGCAGCGGCGUCGGGCCGCGGCUUUCCAUCCGUGUUUGCUUUCCGGGCGUGGGUGCUGAGCACGGCGGACUGGAAAAAUGAGUAAUGCCACACGUGCUGUGCCCUCUCCCGUGGCACCUGGCACGCCGGGGCCUGGCACAGCAGCCAGGCUGGCCUCAGCCCCACCAUUCUCAGCUGUUGCCCUGCUUACGGCUGCCCACAACAACUCCCAGGAGGGCCAGCAGCUUUUCCUGACCACGACAGCAGCACAGGUCAUCUCUGGCAUCUUCGUGUGGACAGCACUCAUCAUCACCUUCCACCAGAUCUACACACACCUGAGGAAUUACACCAUCCCCAAGGAGCAGCGCUACAUCAUCCGCAUCCUCUUCAUCGUGCCUGUCUACGCCUUCGACUCCUGGCUCAGCCUCCUCCUCCUCGGCAGCCACCAGUACUACGUCUACUUCGACUCGGUGCGGGACUGCUAUGAAGUGCCAGGUUGGAUGAGGAAACACCUGAGCAGGAAGAAAUUUGAGAUGAAACAACCCCCUCCAGGACUUCCAUCAGUCCUGUUGAUCCUGUCUGCCCUUGCCUUGGCAGCUUUUGUGAUUUACAGCUUCCUGAGCCUGUGCUUUGAGUACCUCGGAGGGGAGAGCACCAUCAUGACAGAGAUCCGAGGGAAGCCCAUUGCGUCCAGCUGCUUUUAUGGGACCUGCUGCCUUCAGGGUAUGUCCUACUCUAUUGGGUUCCUGCGCUUCUGCAAGCAGGCCACGCUGCAGUUCUGCAUUGUGAAACCCCUCAUGGCAAUUGUCACCAUCAUCCUGCAGGCAUUUGGGAAGUACCACGAUGGAGACUUCAAUGUCCACAGUGGAUACCUCUACAUCACCAUCAUCUACAACUUCUCUGUCAGCCUGGCCCUUUACGCCCUUUUCCUCUUCUACUUCGCCACCAUGGACCUGCUGCGCCCAUUUGAGCCAGUCCUUAAGUUCAUCACCAUCAAGGCUGUCAUCUUCCUCUCCUUCUGGCAAGGGACACUGCUGGCAAUCCUGGAGAAAUGUGGGGUGAUCCCUGAAGUUCAGAUCAUCGAUGGGAAGGAGGUGGGAGCUGGGACAGUGGCUGCUGGCUACCAGAACUUCAUCAUCUGCAUUGAAAUGUUCUUCGCUUCCAUUGCCCUGCGCUACGCAUUCACCUGCCACGUGUAUAGGGAGAAGAAAGAAAACUCAACAGCAAACCUUGCCCCGAUGCAGAGCAUCUCAAGUGGGCUGAAGGAGACCAUCAGCCCCCAGGACAUCGUGCAGGAUGCCAUCCACAACUUCUCACCCACAUACCAGCACUACACCCAGCAGUCCAUGCAGGAGGCAGAGCGCAAAGCACCGGGGGACAACGGGCACGUGGCCUCCAAGAUAGAUGGACAGAGCAGCAGGAAGAGCAAAAACAUUGAAAAGAGAAUGCUAAUCCUGUCAGAUGAGGAGCUGUAGGAGGUAUCAGAAGAGACACUGACACUGAAGAGGUUUUAACCCAUGCAGAGGAGAGGUGUCUUGAGGCUGAGACAGCCUGGGCUAAUCAGAAUACUGAGAAGCCAGGAACUCUAUCCAAAAAGCCAGUCUCUCAAAGGGAAGAUGCAAUAACCCAGAAAAGGUUAAGUGAAAUAGUGCCAGCUUCUGCUGUCAUGGAUGAAGCUGUGUUGGACCCUGUGAUGCAGCCUGGGCUUUGCUGCCCCACUGCUGCUGUCUCUCUGCCAGCCCUGUGCCAAUGCUGGGGGAUGCCAGGCAGGGAGGGGAGCUGGGGUGCAGGACAGACCCGCCGCCCUUGCCCUACUCUUACCUCCAAGCAGUGCUGAGGCCUGAGAGAAAUGCUUUUCUCAGCACAGUUCUGCUCUAGUUUCUCCCAAUUUGAGUAAAAAAUGAUCUCCAAGGGCUCCAUGGAGAAAACCAGCCCAGGAAGGUGACUUCGCUUCACCUCAAAACCCGGUAAAGGUUGAAAGACGUCAUUCCUUAUUUUUACAUCUUUCCCCCUCUCCUUCUCACAGCAAAGCUUAUAGAGAUGUGUGAAAGACCUUCACCGUGGAGAAAGAGUAAGUCAUCCUCUUCUCCCUCCAGAUGUGGAUGCAGCUGUCCAAGUAACUCCCCUGAGAGUGUGGCAGGACCUCACUGGGACUAACCAGAGGUCUGCAGCUGCGUUUCUGAGAGCUGCCAGUGACAGAAGUGCUUGUUUAUGUCUAAACCAGCUUAUCUCUGAAUGGAUCAGAAGUUAAAAGGGAUUCCAGCUUCCUUAUCAGAAUCUUUAUUAGGGAACCAGACUGUGACUGGUGGCGGUAGGAAUUCACUUACUGGGAACUGUCUGUUCCUCCUAACCCUUCACUAUUCCCCAUCCCUGGGCUUUGCCUGACCUGUGAGAAGGCAAGCAGGAGCUGAGGCCAGCUGGGUGACCAUGGUGAGGAUAGAGAGGUGCUGAGCGAUGUUGCCACGUGGGGCAAGACCAUAGGCAAGGGAAGACUGUGUAUGUAGGGAUGCUCUUUGGUUUUAGUCUAAUUUCUAUUCUCUUGUUUAUGAGAUGAUCCCUGGGAAUGAACUUAGGCACUGGUUGGGUAGUUGUCUGGGAUGGUAGCUGGCUAGUGGAAGGAUGAAGGCAAAUCUAUAGCCUCAUAUUUGAGGUCAUGUGGCAAACAAACCAAUGGAUAAGUCUUGGAGCCCUUUUAAACACAACUCAUAGAAUUUGGAUCUUUUUUUUCCCUGUUCUGAAGCUGCAAAAUGUAAAUCACAACACAAAAUUAUUUAUUUUUUUUUCUAAUAAACAGCAAUUUCUAGCACCAA